AUGACCAGUCACAACAACAUGGAAAGAAUUUUCUUUUUGAUUAUCUGCUAUUUGGUGUCUGUUUUAAGUUUCGCGCCACUCGGCUGCUACAUGACGACACCUAGCGACAAGAACGACAUGAGGCAGGGCAUGGCUGCCAGCGACAUGACAGUCUUGCAGUGCGUCACGAAAUGUCGUCAAGAUGGAAAAGCUUACGCUGGCCUUCUGGUGCAGACAAAUUGUUGGUGUGGGGAGGAAUUUGGAAGGACGAGUGCCAUGACUGGUGAGGGUGAGACAUGGGGUAUUAUAAGGGGUAGUGGUGGAUCUAUAAGGGGACAGUUGUGGGUCUAUUGGGCUGGAGGCCGUUGCGAGCUGUAG